CCGACUCAGUCACCUAAAUGGGAUUCUACGGUCUCUUUCCAGCAGCGAAAAGUUUCAAUCUUUUUGCUUGAUAGGAUAGCGUGUGCAAAUGGUUGAAGCUUCAACGCAUAAACCGAGCUAAGUGUUGGGAAGAAAAUUCAACACUACUUUCUCCUCUACUUGAGAUAUGCAUAUAAAUAAGUAGUACAAACGAGUUGAAGAUAGCAAGUUUGGUUCCAAUCAAGCAGCGUAUCAAAUGAUGCAGAAGAUUAUCAUGAUUGAUCUUUUCUAUAUUUUCCUUUCUAUUUCUAUAGCGCAAACAAACUGGGUUAGGGUUGGUUAUCACUGGUAUUCAAUGUACGAUUUCCCCGUUUCGGAGAUAAAUUCUUCUCUCUUCACCCACAUCAUUUGUGCUUAUACCGCUGUGAAUUCCUCCUCCUACCAGCUUUCGUUAUCACCAGCUGAAGAAGAAAAACUGUCUACCUUCACACUUACUGUGAGACAAAACAACCCAUCUGUCACUACACUGCUAUCCAUUGGGGGUGUAGAUGCAAAUUAUUCAACCUUUUCUUCAAUGGUAAGCAAUUCUUCUUACAGAAAAUCCUUCAUCGAUUCCUCGAUAAGAAUAGCCCGACGUUACGGCUUUCAAGGCCUUGACUUUGUUUGGAUUUAUCCAAACACAACCUCUGAUCUGUUCAAUAUGGGUGUUCUAUUUAAAGAGUUGAAAGUAGCUGCUGAUUUAGAGGCGAAACACUCCAACCAGUCACAACUGAUCUUGACGGCUGCCGUUUAUUGUUUGCCAGUGGUAUACUCAGAAAGUUUUCCUAUCGCGAUGAUACAACAAAAUUUGGAUUGGGUCCAUGUUGUGUGUAAUGAUUUGACUACUCCUCUCGAGAGCAACUUUACCGGUGCUCAUGCAGCUCUGUAUGAUCCAAGUACUUUAUAUGAUACAAAUUAUGGCAUAAGAGAAUGGAUCAACGGAGGAUUAUCAGCUAAUAAAAUUGUUUUGGUUUUGUUUUUCUAUGGCUACGCAUGGACGCUCAAGAGCCCGAUGGACAAUGGUAUUGGUGCAGAAGCAACUGGAGGACGAACAGUAACCUAUAGGAAAAUCAAGAAUUACAUUGAGGAUAAUGGUCGAGAUGUCCCUGUAAUGUACAAUUCAACUUAUGUGGUGAAUUACUGGUCAAAGGGAACAACUUGGAUUGGUUUCGAUGAUGUUGAGGCCAUUAGAGCUAAGGUUUCUUAUGCCAAGGAGAAAAAACUGCUUGGCUACUCUGUGUGGGAAGUCUCCUUUGAUUUUAACUGGGCUCUUUCUAAAGCUGCAGCUGAAGUGGAGAUAAAAGAUUCCUCAGUUCAGGUGGAUAAUGAAAGUAGUAAAAAUAAAAAGAGGUCUUCGUUAGCAGUCCCUUUGUCUACAACAGCUGCUGUUGCUCUUCUAAUUGGAAUAGUUUCUAUAUUUUCCUGCUGGAGGAGAAAUCUCAAACUAAAAGCAUCAUCUGCUGGAGAUUUUCAUUCCAACAUUCCUAGUCUGACAGAAUAUACAUUGGCGGAGAUAGAGGCAGCAACCAAUGGAUUUUCAAUUGAAAAUAAGCUUGGACAAGGAGGAUAUGGCCCUGUUUACAAGGGAAUAUUGCCAAAUGGAGAGGUAAUAGCAGCGAAGAAACUUUCAAAAACAUCCACCCAAGGAUUUGAGGAAUUUAAGAAUGAGGUUAUGCUUACUGCCAAGCUCCAACAUGUAAAUCUUGUCCGAGUUUUGGGUUUUUGCAUUGACAAGGAAGAACAAAUACUCAUCUACGAAUACAUGCAAAACAAAAGCUUAGACUUGUACCUUUUCGAUCCUAUUAGACGGCUUAGUUUGGAUUGGAAAAAGCGUGUGCAUAUUAUUGAAGGAAUUACCCAAGGACUUUUAUAUCUUCAAGAAUAUUCAAGAUUAACCAUUAUUCAUCGAGAUUUAAAAGUAAGCAACGUGUUAUUAGACAAAAAAAUGAAUUCCAAAAUAUCUGAUUUUGGAAUGGCUAGAAUAUUUGCCAAAGAUGAUCUUGAAGCAAACACAAGUCGUAUCGUAGGAACAAUUGGCUAUGUUCCUCCUGAAUAUGCUCUAAGAGGCACAUACUCAACCAAAUCCGAUGUUUAUAGUUUUGGGGUUCUACUUCUACAAAUCAUAAGUGGCAAAUGGAUUUCCUUUCUAUAUGGUCCAAAUGAAAAUUUAAGUCUUCUAGACUACGCAUAUGAAUUGUGGAAUCAUGGUAAAGCCAUGGAAUUCAUGGAUGAAACACUAGACGAUAGUUCUUUGUCAUGUAAAUUGACGAGAUGCUUGCAUAUAGCUUUGUUGUGUGUCCAAGAAAAUCCAAUGGAUAGGCCAUCCAUGCCAGAAGUUUUCUCCAUGCUCAAAACUGAAAUGUCCGAUAUGAUGAUUCCAAAGAAGCCUGCUUUCUCAAAACAAAAUGAAUCAACAACAAUAAACUUAAAAGGUCAUUCAGGGUGUUCUUCAUCAGUUAAUAAUGUAACAAUUUCAGAUGUUUCUGCUAGAUGAAUUAUAAAUAUCAUUGUGUCUGCAAUGUUGUAGGUUGGACAUGAUAAAUCCCUUCUCACUUUAGUUUUUGUGUUCAAUAAAAUUAUAUAUAUUUAGUUUUAA